CCUUCUCUUCUAUUUCUCUCCUCUCUCUCUCUCUCUCCCGUCGUCUGUCCUUCUCUAUUUCGUCUGCACGCUCCUUCUGUCAGGUAAUGUAAAAACUGGAACGUUUGAUAUCUGCAAUUCUCUCGUCAAAACCGAUAAAUGUCGUCGUUUCGGUCUUUUCCAACGCUUCUGUUCUGCAACUUCUCUCUGCUGCUGCUGCUGCUUGGAUUCUGUUACGGUGCAGAUCCAUUCGUUAACUACGACUGGGACGUCUCUUACAUCACUGCCUCUCCUUUGGGCGUCAAUCAACAGGUGAUUGCGAUUAACGGCCAAUUUCCUGGCCCGACUGUUAAUGUAACCACAAAUAACAAUGUCAUCGUCAAUGUUCGGAACAAUUUGGAUGAACCCAUGCUUAUCACUUGGAAUGGAAUUCAACACCGGAGAAAUUCUUGGCAAGAUGGAGUUCUAGGUACAAACUGCCCAAUUCCAGUGGGUUGGAACUGGACUUACCAGUUUCAGGUGAAGGAUCAGAUUGGGAGUUUCUUUUACUUCCCAUCUCUCAGUUUCCAAAGAGCAGCAGGUGGGUAUGGUGGCAUUAUCGUCAAUAACAGAGCUGUUGUUCCUCUGCCGUUUAGUAAGCCGGAUGGGGAAAUCACUAUUUUCAUCGGCGACUGGUACAACAGUAACCAUACGACUCUGAAGAAGACCCUUGAUGAUGGCAAAGACCUGGGGAUGCCAGAUGGAGUUCUCAUGAAUGGGAAGGGUCCUUACCGCUACAAUACUACACUUGUUCCGGUUGGCAUAGACUACGAGACUAUUAACGUCGACCCAGGUAAAACCUAUCGCAUUCGUGUACACAACGUUGGUAUCUCGACUAGUUUGAACUUCAGAAUCCAGAACCAUAACCUGCUUCUCGUUGAGACAGAAGGAUCACACACAAUGCAACAGAAUUACACCAAUGUAGAUAUCCAUGUUGGGCAGUCGUAUUCUUUCUUGGUUACAAUGGAUCUGAAUGCUAGUAGCGAUUAUUAUAUUGUAGCAAGUGCUAGGUUUGCGAAUGAAACGCUCUGGACCAGAGUUACAGGUGUCGCCAUCUUGCAUUAUUCCAAUUCUAAGGGCCCAGCAACUGGUCCUCUGCCGGAUCCACCAAACGAUUUUUAUGACAAAUAUUUCUCAAUGAAUCAGGCAAGAUCUAUCAGGUGGAAUGUCUCUGCUCCUGCUGCUCGCCCUAAUCCUCAGGGAUCCUAUAAAUAUGGCCAGAUCAAUGUGACUGCUUCAUAUAUGCUGAAAAACAAGCCACCAAUGAUUAUCAAUGGAACACUCCGAACUACAUUGAAUGGAAUCUCAUACUCCGCUCCGACAACACCGUUAAGGCUUGCUGACCAGUAUAAGGUGCAGGGAAUAUACACCCUUGACUUUCCUACUAGGCCACUUGUUGGACCACCGCGGAUUGGAACAUCUGUAAUUAAUGGUACAUAUAAGGGAUUCAUGGAAGUCAUAUUCCAGAACAAUGACACUACAGUACAGAGUUACCACAUGGAUGGACAUGCAUUUUUUGUAGUCGGGAUGGAUUUUGGGGAUUGGACAGAGAAUAGCAGGGGAACAUAUAAUAAGUGGGAUGCAGUAGCUCGCUCCACAACACAGGUUUUCCCCGGAGCAUGGACUGCAGUCCUAGUAGCUCUCGAUAAUGUAGGUGUGUGGAAUAUUCGUGCCGAAAAUCUCGAUACUUGGUAUCUUGGGCAGGAAGUGUAUAUAAGGAUUGUCAAUCCGGAGAUUACAAACAAAACCGAAUUGCCUCUACCAGACAAUGUCCUCUACUGUGGUGCCCUCCAAGACAAGCAGAAGGAUCAGAACAAGUCAUCGUCAUCGUCUGUCAUUGCCGGGAGGGUGAAUAUGUUUACUACUAUGCCGCUGCUCUUUGCUACAAUUGCAAUUGUCCUGUGAGAAUCAUAGUCAUGAAAAUUAGAAUCUAUUUGCUGUGAAGAACAUGCCUUGCUAGACAGCUAGAGUCACCUUUGGUAUUUUAGUUCUAGGUGUGCAAACACAGUCCUGUUAAUAUGAGUUUUUGGAGUGAUUUUUAGCAUAUUUUUCUUUUACAGAUGUUUGGGUAUGCUCCCCAAUUUCUAGCAAUUGAGGUUCUUGGGGAUCUACCCUGAUGUAGUGAUGAUUCAUCUGUUUCAAUUCAGCCCAACUGCUUAUACUAGUUUCAUCUGUCAUCUUUGA